CACGGUCUCAUCAUCACACAUCGCAGCCACCCGUGUUUGGUGGUGUGUUGUCGUAAAUCAGCUGAUAAUGAUAAACAAUUCUCGCCGAAAGUUGAAGUUUGAUUUGUAAUUCAUAACGGCUGAUAUGGGUAAAUUAUGAGAUACUCCAUAAUUUUAUAAUUUACAUGAGUCAUAUCUCAUACACGCCGAGCUAGAUCUUACGCACCUAUUUAGUCGACCAGUCAGUGGAGGUUAGGCUAGGCCUGGAACAUCCAUUCAAUUAUGGCAUCCGCGGACACGGAGCCCGACUCUACCGUUUCCACCAAGCCAACAGACCUGCCUGCUGGGUUACCGGUGUAUGGAUGGCGACGUGACUUGGAUAAAGCGUUUGAGGAAAAGUGGGGGCCGUUGAGAUCAAAACAUAUUCGAAUACGACAAUUAGCAGAGAUGAUAGGUCAAGGAUUUAGGUAUAUUCAACUGUAUUAUAAAUUAAAGAGAGAAGGAAGAAGGAUAUUUAUAGAUCAAUUUGAGCCAACAAAAUUGAAACAAAUUUAUGGCGUUCCAAUUGGUGGGAUAGGCUGCGGUGCUAUAAAUCGAGGCUGGAAAGGUGACUUCUGUCGUUGGUGCCUUACCCCUGGAAUGUAUAGUUACGACAUUGUAGAAUCAGAUCAGUUUACGGUGUGUAUACGAAGCAACGGAAAGACGGUAUACCAACAAGUGCUAUCGCCCGGUAAGCCUGAGGGUAGGGUAUUGGAGCAUUGGAAAUGGAAUUUUCCUGGAGGUGAUGCUACAUAUCUAGGGCUUUAUCCACGCGCAUGGACUAUUUAUCGUAUCCCAGAAUUCCAAGUGACACUGGUUUGCAGGCAGAUCUCGCCGGUAUUUCCAAAUGAUUACAAGGAUACAACUAUACCAGCCGGUGUGUUUGUGUGGGAAGUGCACAAUUAUUCAGAUCAACCCUUGGAUGUCAGCAUUAUGUUUACUUUUCAAAAUGGAACAGGCCAACCCAGUGAUAAACUAGGUGGAAGAUGGAACGAACCAUUCUUAACAAGGAAGACAUCGGAAGUUCACACUACUGUUUCUGGGGUGCUUCUUCAUGAUUCUCACACUACUAUGGGCUGUACCAUGGCAGUUUCGGCUGCAGUUACUGAAGGGGUGUCUGUAAGCCAUGUGUCAGGUUUUAACCCGUAUGACAAAAGUGACCGUGGCAAGUCACUCUGGGAAGAUCUUCACGAGGAUGGACAAUUAGAAUGUCCUCCUGGACCAACAGAAAAAACUAAGAAGGGAAGUGUCAUUUCAGCUGCCGUAGCCGCUAAGAGAACAGUAGCCUCAGGCGACAAGGGGCAACUAGAAUUUGUUCUAACAUGGGACAUGCCCAACGUCCAUUUUAAGAGUCAGCGGCGCAAGUAUAAGAGACGUUACGCGCGUUGGUUUGGUAACCAUGGCAAUGCAGCUCCAGCCCUGUCUACUUACGCUAUAAAUAAUUAUGCAAAUUGGGAAGAGAAAAUUGAGGCAUGGCAAAAUCCAAUAUUAGAAAAUCCCGAUCUACCUGACUGGUACAAAUCAGCAUUAUUCAACGAGCUCUACUACAUCUCUGAUGGAGGUACUAUAUGGGUUGAUCUGGCAGAUGACCCUGGUACCUCUAACGGAGAAGUGAACAAUGAGACCUUAAAGCCAGGUCAUGCUAAACUGAUCAAAGAGUAUGGACGAUUUGCAUAUUUAGAAGGACAUGAGUAUCGGAUGUACAACACUUAUGACGUCCAUUUCUAUGCAUCGUUUGCAUUAGCAAUGCUCUGGCCAAAACUUGAACUAUGCAUACAACAUGACUUCGGUAUGUUCGUUGAGCAUGCUGAUGAGGAGGUGUUUAAGGAAUUGAACACUGGUAGACCAACACCACGUAAGCUAGUUGGCUCAGUACCUCAUGACAUUGGUGAUCCAGAGGAAGAACCGUGGUUAAGUAUAAACAGUUACUACCUCCAUGAUACAUCACAGUGGAAAGAUCUGAAUCUGAAGUUUGUGCUGUUAACCUAUAGAGACUAUUACAUAACACAGGAUAUGGACUUCCUACGUGAAAUGUGGCCACGCCUAAAGCUUGUAAUGGAGACAUCAAAGAAACAUGAUACCGAUGGUGAUGGCUUAAUAGAUAAUUCUGGUUUUCCAGACCAGACAUACGAUGCAUGGACAGUCACUGGCGCAAGUGCUUAUUGCGGAGGGCUGUGGUUGGCUGCUCUAUCAAUCAUGUGUGAGGUAUCCCGUGUCCUAGGUUACCAUCGUGAGUAUGAUGAGUACAAGAGUCUGCUAGAACGUGGCAAAGAAUCCUAUGAAACUAAACUAUGGAAUGGUAAAUAUUACAAUUAUGAUUGUAGUGGUAAAUACUACAGCAACAGCAUAAUGGCAGACCAGGCUGCUGGCCACUGGAUUCUACGGGCGUGCAACUUUGUUAGCCCCAACAAUCCCGUCUUUCCUGUGGAUCACAUCAAAUCAGCGCUUCAGACAAUUUUUGAACUAAACGUGAUGGGUAUAAACAAUGGAACAUUUGGUGCAAUGAACGGUGUACGACCAAACGGUAAAAUUGAUCCAUCUAGCUUACAGGCAGAGGAGGUCUGGACUGGGGUAACAUAUGCUCUGGCAGCUAGCAUGAUACAGGAGGGCAUGGUAAAAGAAGGCUUCCAGACAGCUAGUGGAGUAUAUGAAACGUGUUUCAAUCGUCUAGGCUUUGCAUAUCAGACGCCUGAAGCCUACAUGGCUAAGAAGGCAUACCGCUCCCUGGGGUACAUGCGGCCACUGAGUAUAUGGUCUAUGCAGUGGGCUGUUGAGAACUGGCACGAAUCUAUACCAAAUAAAACAAGUUAACCACAAUGAUCCAUAUUUUAUUUAUCAUUUAGGGUAAGCUGUUAUAAACUUUCAACAAGCAUGACUUCAACUAGUAAAUGUCUUAUUGAGCUACUUGUAAUGAGCGAUUUAUAACUGAGCAAGUUUUAUGAGCAAUUCUUUAAAUGAGCAAUGGAUGACUGAGGAUUAUUUUAUGAGCAAUUUUUAAAUGAGAUUGCAGAGUUGGCAACUAAAUGAGCGAUUAAUGAGUUUCCAGCUGAAUUUUAUCAGGGAGCAAGUGCUUCUGCAAAUUUCUUUCAAAUUUAAAUGAGCAACUUUCUAUGAGCAAAUGUUCACUCUUGCUCAUUUCAUCCAUGGGCAGCUUUCCAAAUAAUAACUCUUUAGAGAACAACUACACAGUAAGCAGGUCUCAGACCUCACAGCAAUGCAGUGAGUAUUGAAAAGUGAUUGGUCGAUAUGGAAUGAUGGAUGUCUUUUUUUGUGUAGUUUUAGUCAUCAAAUGUAACCUGUAAUUAAAAUGCAGUAUGUAUUUCAUUAGCUGGGUGGUUGUAAUUUAUUCGUAUUUUCAACACCAAUAACUAUAGCAUUAUUUGCUUUUAUGUACCUAUUUAGAUUAAAUUUUCAGUAAUUAUAUAUUUUAUCUAACUAGAAAAAAAAAAGGCCAGUAAUUUAUCAUAUUGAUACUUUAUUGGUUGUUUAAUACUAAGACUUAAUGAAUUUAUUUAUUAAUAAUAAAAAUAAUACUAUGUAUAGCACCAUUCUCAAAUAGUCGGUGCACCUUUACACUCAACUAAGCGCUGUGCCAAACAUGAUUUCUUUUCACUAUGCACGGCUCUACAUUAGGAGUCUGAAUAUAAAGCAAGUAAAGUUCUAUAAGUGAGAUGACACAGCGCUUGUUUGAUUAACCAACAAUCUUGUUAAAUUAACUAAUACAUUCUGGUAGUGGUAAUGAUAGUGUGAUUACGUGUGUGAUCUAGCUAUGUACUUUAAUAGUAGUAGCAAUGCCUAUUUGAAUUUAAUAUAUACCUCGCAUCUCACUACUGCAAUAUCCUAGGCAAUUUAUAUUUUCUUGUACUCCUUACUUCCUUAAAUAGGUAAUCCAAAAAUCAGUGGCUCAAUAAAUGCCUAUAUUUUUUAUCCAUUUUGCUGGAAUUUGCUAGACUUUAUAUUUCUAUAUUCUAUUACAAUUCAAAUCACACUAGAAAUACAUAAUAUAUUAUGUAUACUUUACCUUAGGCAACUUAAUAGUAACUUAUAAUAGCAGUUACUACGUUUCAUAACGUGUAAAGCCUUUAUCUAAUGUAUCAGUAGUAAUAUUAAUUAUAGUAUAAUAUCAUUAUUUAAUAACCAAUAUUAUUACUGAACACUAUGGUUCUAAUCUAAUCAGUCAUAAUCUAAGUCAAACUUAUGAAUUAUGUUACUGUAAUAUAAUGUAGGUACUUACGCAGCAAUGUAUACAUACUAAAACUGUAAUUAAAUUUAUAAAAACAAUAUAAAUGAAGAGAAAUACCACAAGAUAGACUAGUACUUAGAUUUUAAAAGUAACAUCAUUGAGGGCAUGACAGUGGUUCAUGUUGCUAGGAAACAGUGCAGGUAAGAAUUUUAUUAGAUCUUUAGAAAAUAUUGGUAUAUAGUGCCGGCUACAUUGAUUUCUUAAAAAUAAGGGUAUAUGUCAAAGCAGUUGCAUCGUGAGUUUUUAUGAUGUUGCUUUUAAUGAUAUGUGUGUUAUGAUGAUGACAUCCUAAAGGUGAGAAUGACAGUUAUGAUGAUAAUAUUGAUGUUUGAGAAGGUAAUGUUAAUAAUGAGAAUGAUGGAAAUAGUAUUAUUGAUGACUUCUUAAUGAAUAUUAAUGGUUAGGUUGAUUUCUGUUUACUAUAAAAUAUUGUUUUUACUAUGCAAGCAUUACAUCAAUUAUUAAUAAGCCAAACUGUUGACCAGAAUAUGUGGCGAAAACGUUAAGUUAAGAACACACCAAUGUGCAAUACACUUUUUUCUAUGAUAAUUAUAUGUACACUCAUAAUAUUUCUUUUUAAAUCAGGUGAAAAUAUGGAGGCUGUAAAAUUAUGAAUUUUAUGAUUAUUAUUUUUUAAUCUAAUUUAGAUUUCAACAUUUUUAUUUUUCAAUUAAUUAUGCUUUCAUAUUUUUGACUUGAUCGACAGUGGUUUAUUAUGAUGGUUUAUCAUUUUUGUUACUACAGUUGAACUUGCCUAUAUCAAAUCCAAAAUGGCAUUGAAAAAUUGUUGGACUUACAGAUGGUUAAUUAAGUGAAGACAUAACAAUUGGGUUUGUACAGUAAGAUCGACUUAGAAAAUAUUUGAGUUAGGCGAGUUUAACUGUAUUGGGUUUUUUUUAAAUGUUUUUAAACAAAUGUAAAAAAUCUAAACAUGUCUUUCAUUUAUUAUUUUUAAAGAAAAAAACCUUGGCACUGUUUGCAUGUUAAAAUUUAAUGGAAAUCUUUUCCCUGUGUUGAAUUUUUCGUAUUUCUUCGGAUGUCUGAUUACUUUCUUGAAUGAAUUAGUUUCUUUUGGACAAGUACAGGUUUACAGUAUAAAAUAAUUGUAAAUGUGUGACAAUUUUUCAAACCCAUCAGUUUUGUGUAGAAUGUGUCUAGGCCAAUACAUUUUACUUGAACUUUUAUUAAACUUGGAAUCUUUGGGCAUAAAAAAUGUAAUAAAUUAUUGUUGGUGUCAUUACUGUAUUAUGAUAAGCAACACACAUGUUUUAAACUUUUCACCUUGGCAAAUGAGAAUACAAAACCAAAAGCUGCAAGAAAUAUCUAGGAAAUUACUUGCAUAUUUAUGUCUCUAAAGUUAAUUAAAUAUAUGAUGAUUAUUUUAAAAAAUAAACAUUUCUAUAUUUUGUAACAUAUUCUCACAUGUAAGUUCUUCUGAAGUGUGCUUAUAAGCAGUUGUAAAGGCAAAUUUAUUUGCAAAAAAACUGAGUUAGCAAACUGACUGGUUGCACAUUUUUUCGCUGUGUAAAAGUAGAAAGAGUUUGAUCUACUGAUUCUGCAUGCGAAUGAACCAAUGCUUUUGAUUUGCGCGAGUAAAGUCGCUUAGUAGAAAACAGGCUUUAGAGUUAAUUCUAGGAAUAAGAAGGGUAUAUGAUUAUUAACAAGAUGCAGUUUAUCAAUACAAAAGCAGUUUAAUAAUUUCAACAAGUGGUGUUGAAUCAGACAGUGAUAUCUAAUCGUAUAUAGUGCGAUCGAAUAAGGUAGUGCUAUUGAAUAUGGCAAUGCUAUUGAAUAAGGCAGUGCUGUCAAAUUAGGCAGUGCUAUCGAAGAUGGUGGUUUCGAAAAAGGUUGUAAUCGAAUAAGGUAGUAUUUUGAAAUAAGUUAGUGCUAUCAAAUAUGAUAGUCCUAUGUAUAAUUAAAGUAGUGGUCUUCAAUAAGGAAGUUACUCUUGAAUUAUACUACCAAUUAAAUACAGUUCAGAUAAUGCUAUUGAAUUAUAUGGAGAAUGAAAUGAAUAGGUUUGUGGCUAUGGAGUAUGAUACAGGUAUUACUGUAGUAUAAAGUGAAAAUUGCAUGCAAAAUGUUGAACUUAUAUAAUUAAUGAAAUAACAGUAAUCCACUUCAACAUGAUCUAUACUGUAAAUUGCAUUCAGUAUUGUAUGGUAUUGAAGAAUUAGUGCAAGUUGUCCACACGUGCAUGGGAAUAGAGCGUGUGUCGUAAUGGAAGAGGUUUAAGGCCCCUAGUUUAGCUUAUUCAGGCCCUACUAGCAUUGGGGUGUAGAGUCCCAGUUGGAUAUGUGGGGAAUCUGUCAGCUCCCGCAAUUUUGAUGUAUUAAUUUCGUAUUUUGAUGUUAUUUUAACAUUUUGCGCUUUAAAUGGCCCCACUUGGCAGAUUUGGAGCUAAUGGUCCUAGGCUAGAAAAAAUGUUGAUUAAUAUCCCAGAACCCCUGAAGGUCUAGGCCCAGUCUUUAGCCAAUGAGAGCUCAAAGGUGUUAGGCCACUGCAUGUGCAUUUAAAAUGUUGGAAUACCACAUCAAUUUGACAUUAAUUUUUAGGUGUGCAAAAAAAAAAUUGUCUUCAGUCAAAAUAUGAGACCACUAUGCAUUUGUUGUGGUCUUGCUGUUUACAUAUUAAAAGCCUAAUUCCUUGCCAAUAAUAGUAAAUGAAAGUGUGAAGUUUUAUUUGAAGGAGGAUUAUUGGUUUUAUUUGUUACAGCUGCAAUAUUGUUUUUGUUUUUUCAAGAGGUUUAUUCUUUUUGUAUUGGUAUUUCUUUACUUUUUCUUUAGUUUUGCAUUUUAUUUUGUACUCUUGUGUAUUUAAGUAAAUGUGGGCAUAACUUUAAUCAGUUUAAACUGUUUUAUGUUACAAUAAUUAAGUGUUUACCGAAUACAGAUUUUCUGAUAUGAUUUGCUUACGUGUGUGACUUAGCAUAAAAAACGAAACUCAAUCUGUGUUUGCGUGUGUCAUCCACAAAUAUGUAAACUUUUAAUAAAAAAAUACAAUUUAAUUCUAUAUUAUAAUUAAGUUUUUUUCUUUUGAUUUUAAUCUUUAAUGUUUUACAUCUGUUUUAGUUUCACUUGCCAUUCUCCACAGCAUUAUUUUUCAGUAUUUUAUAUAUAUAUAUAUAUAUAUAUAUAUUAUUAUUAUUAAUAUACUAUUUCCUACCAUAGGGGGAAACGAUAACAAUGGAAAGCGUUAGAAAUAACACCUUAAGGUGAAAACACUGCCGCUAUUAGGGGAAAUUUUAAUGAUGUUAAGGAGAAAUCUAGACAAAGGAUUUUUCUCCCUAUGUGUGUUAGUAUGUUAUAUAUUAUGUAUAUGUUACCAUUAUAAGUUUUGUUCAUUCUUUAUAUUCAAUUGUAUUAAAUGAAAUCAGUUCAGUGGAACCAGA